AUGUUCGUGGUUGUUGUCAAAAAGCCUAUAUCAUUGAUCUGUUAUCCGUCAAGAUCCACGCCACACUCUCCCUUAGUCAUAUCCUGGUUAGCAGCGCCCUCUGUCGAACACUUCACUUAUAUUCGCAUUAAACUCGAAUAUAAAAAUAAAUUAGUUGUCAAGCAUAAAAAAUUCAAUCUAUAUCGAUUCAUCAUAAUGGCAGGCGAGUACGAUACAGCAAUCACGGUAUUUUCUCCCGAUGGGCGGCUCUUUCAAGUCGAAUAUGCACAAGAAGCUGUCAAAAAAGGAUCAACUGCUGUUGGUGUACGUGGAAAAAAUAUCGUUGUCCUAGGUGUCGAAAAGAAGGCCGUCGCUGUUUUACAAGAAGAUCGUACGGUUCGUAAAAUCUGCGUCUUAGAUGAUCAUGUCGCUAUGGCAUUUGCAGGCCUGACAGCUGAUGCUCGUGUUUUAAUGCAUCGUGCUCGUAUCGAAUGUCAAUCCCAUCGAUUGAACGUUGAAGAUCCUGUUACUAUUGAAUACAUUACUCGUUUCAUUGCUGAUCUACAACAGAAGUAUACACAAGGCCGAGGCCGUCGUCCAUUCGGUUUAUCAACAUUAAUUGUUGGUUUCGACUAUGACGGUACACCACGUCUUUAUUCUACUGAUCCAAGUGGUACCUAUCACGAAUGGAAAGCCAAUGCUAUUGGUCGACAAGCUAAGACUGUUCGUGAAUACCUCGAAAAAGCCUAUACGGAAACAAUAUAUGAAUCAACUCAUGAAUCAAUCAAAUUGUGCAUUCGCGCUUUGUUGGAGGUUGUGCAAAGUGGAUCGAAAAAUGUUGAAAUCGCUGUGAUGGCACGACAUAAACCAUUGAAAACCUUGAGCGCUGAAGAAGUCGAGAAAUAUAUCGCUGAAAUUGAAAAAGAAAAUGAAAUCGAAGCCGAAAAGAAGAAACAAGCCAAACAAAUAGGUGGAACAACAACAACCGCACCAACAUUAACGACACAAACAUUAUUGACAUUCAUUUCUUUCGACGAUCAGAGUUUUUCCGUCACAAAACAGUUCAUUAUGCCACUAUUAGAUGUUAAUGCUAUUGCUCUUCUUCAUACACUUCUAACAACGAAUUCCUUGUCACGCCUUUCAACUCUAUGCGCAUCUUUGCAAGCACCUAUUGAACAUAUUUUAUCCAUUGUUGCCGCCCAUCCUUUUGUGUUCGCUCGUCUUCGUGCUAUUGAUACACCGGGUGAUGAUCGUAUAGCAGUUGUUCUUGAUCUUACCAACUGCACGUUCUAUGCCCGUCCACCAAACGGUUGUACAAAAGAUAAUGCCUGUCCUUAUUUACAUCUAUGCCCGUCGGUAGUUUUGCCCAAUCGUCGUUGCCAACGUCCACAUGAUUGUCCGCUAUCACAUUCGCUUGAUACAGAACAUAAUCGACGAGUGAUUAUUGAACGCGGUCUAGAAAAUCUACCGCAAAAAACACUUAUCAUGCUGAUUUUAGCAUCAGCCGAUCCAAGUAAAACGUUUGCAGUUUGUCAUCAUAAGCCCAAACCAUGUCGAGAACCUAACUGUGACGAUUUACAUCUGUGUUAUUUUUAUAUGUGUUCACCACAUCUAUGCAAAUAUGGUGACUGUAAAGCUGGACACUCGUUGGCAACACAACGAAAUAUCGAUUAUCUCGAACGUCGUGGUCUCGCACACGUUGAACCACUUGAUAUCAUAGCGCUUUUUCGUAUUGUUGAUGAAAAUAAAAAACAUUCACACAUCUAUCGUUAUCCAUUAGAACAGCAACAUCCCGCUCAGCCAAUGAUGAUUAUGACAUUAAUGAUGGACGAACAUGGACAACAUCAACAGCAACCCAUGAUUAUGUUUUGA